CGCACGCUUCUUCUCUCGAAUUUGUCUCAUCAUACAUCACAUAAGGAUAUUUCCCAGGUUGUCCGUGGCGGACAACUGGCAGAGAUCUGGUUGCGCAACGAUCACUGCGCUCAGGCUUCCUUCGUCGAUGCCGCCGCGGCACGCGAGUUUCUCAGCUUUGUUAAGCGUAACGACCUCUAUAUCAACAACAAGCGCGUUGAAGUCUCCUGGAGUGAUCGCCAAUUUAAAAUCGUCCCUCACGUUUUCAGUCAAAUCGCAGAAGGUGCUACGCGCAACAUCGUCAUCGCCAAAGGCGCCAACAAAGGUCUUUCCGAAUCACGCAUCCGUGAUGACAUGGAGCAUAUUCACAACCUUGUUAUCGUAGACGUCCAGAUCCGCAACAAUGGCGAUAUCCUUGUCUGCACUAAUUCUAUUCACAACGCCCUGUACGCCCGCACUUGCAUGCGCUCGCGCCUGCCUUACAAGCUUAUGAGGGUCGAGAGUGCUGCUGAUGAGUGUGCUGCUCCUCUGCCUUUCAUUCAUCGCCCGAAGGACAGAAAGUUAGCAUCGCUUCCAAAAGUAAGAAACCCAAUGGCGAACCUGUUCGGUAUUCUCAACGAUGAAGGCACUGAGGACGGAUCGGAUGAUGAAGCUGCUGAAGCCGGUGGUGUUAGUGUUACGAGUACCAGCUCUUCCACGGAUCCUGUUUGA